GAUCCACUGUGUUGGGACAAUGGAGGCGAUCAGAAGACUGUCUGUUAUGACAUUAUCAUCCAGGGUUUUUUUGAAAGGGAUUAGUCAAAAUGUGGCUUUAAAUAAACGGGGUCAUUCUCCUAUGUGGGGACGGAGCUCUAUGCGAGGCUACUACGCAAUCAAGUAUCCUGUGCUGGAAGGACAUGCCCAUGUGCGGGUGGUUGACCUCCGCACUGAUGCGGUCAACAUACCUGUGCCUGCAGUGCUUCGGGCCAUGGGAGCGGCUGCGGGCAAUGGAGAAGUGCACGUUACUGAGCUACAGAAAAUGGCAGCAGAUAUGUGUGGGAUGGAGGAUGCACUGUUGGUCCCCACAGCAACCAUGGGUAACCUUAUUGCAGUGAUGGCGCACUGCAGUGAGAGGGGCGACGAGAUGAUAGUGGGCGACUUGUCCCAUUUGCACAUGUACGAGCAAGGAGGAAGUGCACAGGUGGCCGGCAUCCACACCACCACAGUGACCACCCUCCCUGAUGGGACAUUUGACUUGGAGCAGCUGGAAUCAAGGAUCCGCCUUGGAUACCCUUUAACCUAUUACUGCCACACACGCCUAAUAUGUCUGGAGAACACACAUAACGCACAGGGAGGACGUGUGAUGCCUCUGUCCUUCCUGCAGGAUGUUCGGGCUUUGGCAGAUAGAUACGGUCUAUCAGUUCACAUGGAUGGAGCCAGGGUGGUGAAUGCUGCCGUGGCCCAGGGGGUUCCUCUAUCCACCAUACUGCAGCACACACACAGCGUCACUAUAAGCCUCUGCAAGGUCCUGGGUUCCCCUGCGGGGGCUAUUCUUGCUGGACCCCGAGACUAUAUUAAGCGAGCGAAGCGGUGUUGUAGAGUUCUGGGAGGGUCUUUGGCAAAGGCUGGUGUAUUAGGAGCAGCUGGAAAAGUGUCUUUACAGCAUAGUAUUAUGAUGGGAAGACUGGAGCAGGAUCAUCGCAAUGCAAAAAUCUUUGCUCAGGCCGUGCACGACUGUGACCUGUUCACCUUGGACAUGGCGUCCGUGGAGACAAACAUUGUGCUUUUCUAUCUUAACGGCUGCAGCUGGAGUCCCUCUGAGUUCUGUGAUCGCAUGGGUAUGGUUUGUGAGAAAGAAAAGGCCGUACUGGGACAGCAGAUACAGGUUCCCAUGUACCCGUUUUAUGGAAACUCAAUACGGGCUGUGUGGCAUCCUAUGGUGACCGCUGAAGAUACCCAGCUGGCCAUCAAGAAAUUGCACUUUGUUAUUUCUCAGUACAUGGAGGAAAAACCAAGGGCCAUUAAGGCUUGAUGUUUCCUCAAGUAUAAAGUUUAAAUCGAUUGUCCAUGUCAAGUAAAACAGCAGCACAGUGGUGGCUGUUCUAUAUAUUCGUAUGUCCUGUUUAGCUUCAACGCCCCAAAUGUCAUCGUUUACAGAUCACAACAGUAGCUCAUUAGCUGCACCGCUCUUCAUGCCAU